AUGUAUGUAUGUAUGUAUGUAUGUAUGUAUGUAUGUAUGUAUGUAUGUAUGUAUGUAUGUAUGUAUGUAUGUAUGUAUAUAUCUAUAGAAAGGGUCUUUUCGCUUGCUUGUCUCUCUUGAGAUUGUCUACGCCGCCUCUUCCCUCCGAAGUAAUCAUCGCCGUACUAAGUUCCUCGCGCAUCAUCGUGUUCAACACCAGAAGCGAGUAAAGAUGGGCCGACCAGAGAUCUUCAAGACCCUGCACAUGGCCGAGGGCAUGUACAUGAAUAUCCUCUUCGACCCCUCUCUACCCUCCGACUCCCUGGACCGCUGGCAAGCCGAAGUCGUCUGCGAGGGCUCCAAGCCCGGCGUGGGUACCUUCUCUGUGCCACCGCACUGGCACAAGAAACACUCGGAAAAGAUGACUGUGAUUGAGGGUCGCAUCAAGGUCACCAUCGACGGGAAAGAAAAGAUCGUGGGUCCGGGGGAGCGUAUUACUAUUCCGGCGUAUACAGUGCAUUCGAUUGCGGGUUUCAAGGGGGAGAGGCUUGUGUGCAGAGAGCGGGCGGAUCCCUCUGGGGAUUACAAGGCUGCGUUCUUCAACGAUCUUCUAGCACGAGGAUGGCCCACGCCGUUCCUGUACUCGAUGAGGGUCUUUUACGAUGGCGAUAUUUAUCCCUCGUUGGGGCUGGGCUGGAAGGGCUUUGAUGUCGCGUUCGUGACGGUGUUUGGACUCAUUGCGAAGUUGUUCAUGCCGGAGAAACAAAAGCUCCAGUGAAAGAGGGUCAUAUUCUGAGGCAAAGUCAAAACACCUGUCCGAUGCGCUGUUGAUUAAUAUGAAAAUUUCUAUGCUCAUGUUAUAACUAUCUGUGUAACAUCUCCGCAUUUGCCUGUUAUUUCACAUCUACGUUAUUCCUUUACGUGUUGAAUUUGAUGAGCGCCACCGAAAACCCAUACAUACUUUAGACAGGAUAGUUUUGUUUUCACGAGGAUGACUACCUUCUGAUCAUGCCUGGAUUUAUUGUGGGAUGAUUAGUGCUGAGGUGAUGUUGUCUAAGCAUCAGGAACAAAAGCAGCCUGUACCCUUUUCCCGCUAAUCAACGUCCAAGCCCUUUUGGUUUUUUCUAAGUACUGUCAGUGUGUCUAGUCUGUACUGUCUAGGAGAGGGACUGCACCAUCAUAUUGAAGCUGACAAUUAACGUUAAGCGUAAGGCAGCAGACGUUUGAAUGGCUAACGCUUUUACCACAGGCUUCUUCGCAGCCAGGCGAGAGUCUUCCUGUAAGCUAGAGAACAUCAAUACCUGGGGAGCAAGUGGUCAUCAUGAAACACAAAUGAUAUAGAUCUGGAGUGACGCAUGACUUUGCAAGCCAACAUUUGUUACAUUUUUACGGUAGAUGGAACAAGGGAUGUCAAGAGGUUGCGCACAAAUGAAAGAAUAUCUUACAUAGAAACAUUCCUCAAAGCACAACUCC